GGAGACUGGGAGCAGACACACGGCGGCGGCGGUGGCGGCGGCUACUCUCCUGGCUCCCGUUUGGUCGUGGUCCAAAGCCCCAGAUGGAGGCCGGCGGCGGCAGCUGCUACAAGCAAGCCAGGACCAGGCCGGGGGUCCGGGGGAAAUCCCGGCCCUAACUCAGGACCCUGAUCAGGGCCUGGGGCAGAGGGCACGGGGAUGGGAGGGAGGGUGGUCAGCCUCCUUGUCCCCAGCCCUCCCCAGCUGGCUAACUGCCCCUCACCCAGAUCAUCCCAUGUCCCCUCUGCCACCCUACCUGGUCCCCAGUGAUCCCAGCUCUGACUUCCCAGCCACUGAGCCCUCCCCGCCCUAGAGUGGUUUUGAACUAGAAAGGCGGGCGGGUGGUGGGGGGGGGAUGAAUUUGAGAGCCCAGGACCAUCAUUUUGUGGUCUGUCUGGCCAAGAGGAACUGGGUCCCCGCCCCGGGAGUGGGAAGGUGUGGUGGGGGGAAGUAGCCCAGCAGUGUGGCCAGAUAGGAAAAGAGCUGAGCUUGGGCCAGAGUGGGGGUAGCGCCUGGGCUGGGGAAGGGAAGUAGGGGGUGUCUCCCUCUGCCUCUCCACUCUCCCCUCCCCCAGCCUGAGGGGCACCAAGGUUGGACAGGGAGGGAAUAGGCCCCCCGCUGUGCUCACAGUGUGGGAGUCACCCCCCAGGGUUGCAUUGGGACGAUCAAUAGCAGAGUGGUGUGUCCUGGCUCCCCCCCACCCAGGAAGUGACCCAUGACCACCCAAGGGCUCCAUUCCUUGGCCCUCUGACAGCUCUCCUGUCCCCAGCAUCGUACAUGUCACUCAAUUCAUGGAGUCUUGGAUGAUUCGCCCCCAAACUCCCAGAGUAUCUGGUCCUCCGAGCUCUACCCAGGGGUGUACCUGCUGCUGUGCCACCUCCACCCACUGACACCCAAUCUGUAUUCCACUGUGCUCUCUCCAUUCCUGUUCCCUGGCCUUCUCUCCCUCCCCCACUCACCCAGACCAUUUUCCCAGGGCGGGGGCUCCGGCUGAGCUGAGCGCCAGGGGUCUCGGGAGAGGAUGGGGGUCCGUGCCUCUAGAAGCUGGAUCCUGUGCGUGGGCCGCUGGAUCCUGGGGCCACGGUGGAACGCCUGGCCGGCCGGUGGGCAACAAGCAGUGGCCAAGGGUGCACCGGCUCCUUGUGCUGUGGGAGGCGGGCGGGAGUGGGACAAGGGGGUGUCUGUCACAACAAUCCCUGGGAGUUCCUGGGAACGCGCAGCAGGCGGCACUGUGCUGUGGGCCCUGCUGACUGCGUUGGGAGCUGCAGCCCAGAAACCCCAAGCCUGUGCCCCGUGGUGCCCUAGGAAUUCCAUGUGUGUCAACGCCACAGCCUGCCGCUGCAACCCAGGGUUCAAGGCCCUCUUUGGGGACGUGUUCACAGAUCCCACAGACACCUGUGAAGACAUCAACGAGUGCGCCCCUCCCCGCUCCCUUUCCUGCGGGAGAUUCGCCGACUGUAAGAACGUGGAUGGCAGCUACUACUGCGAGUGCAUCCAGGGCUACGAGCUCACAUCCGGGGAGCGAAACUUCUCCACCGAGAGCCAGAACACGUGUCAGGACGUGGACGAAUGCAGCUCCGGGCAGCAUCAGUGUCACAGCUCCGCUGUGUGCAGCAACACCAUCGGGACAUACAAGUGCCGCUGCCGCCCAGGCUGGGAACCGGUGCCCGGGUCCCCCAACGGCCCAGUCAACACCGUCUGCCAAGCAGACAUCCUGUCCAACUGGACCCCGCCACCUGGUGUCCACAGCCAGGCCCUCUCUCAAUUCCUUGACAGAAUGCAGGCUCUGAGCAGGGACUUCAAGACCACCUCAGCCAAGGACACCAUCCAGAACCUCAUUCAGUUGACGGAUGAACUCCUCGGAGCUCCCGGAGACCUGCAGCAGCUGGCCCAGACUGACCAGAACCGCGUGGCCACCCAGGUGCUCACGGGCAUGGAGCAAAGCUUGAGGAUGCUGGCCACGACCUUGCCUGUGGGUCCUUUCGUGUACCGCUCCCGUCUGGGCACAGAGCUGAGCCUUGUGGUCGCCGAGAAGGAGGCGGAGGGCAACAUCACCAUCGGCCAGAGCCACGGCCGGGUGCUGCUGGACUGGGCAGUGGCCAGCGAGGAGGGGGAUUCUGGCAACAAGGUGGCAGGCAUCCUGUCCAGCCCCCGCAUGGAUAAGACCCUGCUGGCCAACGCCUCCCUGGUCUUGGAACCCGAGGAGCGAACUGAGCUGGAAGCUGCCCACGAGGUCCCCCUACGAGGCGCCCGGCUUCAGCUGCUGUCGGCCGUCAACUCCAUCUUCGUGAGCAACAGGAAAACCCAGAGGCUCAGCUCACCUGUCACCUUCGCCUUCUCCCACCUGCCGCAGACACCUGGACCCCGCCAGGAGCUCAUCUGUGCCUUCUGGAAGAAUGACAGCCAGGGCCACGGACACUGGGCCACCACGGGCUGCCGCAAGCUGGGCAGCCAGAAUGGCAGCGUCACCUGCCAGUGUAACCACCUGAGCAGCUUCGCCGUGCUUAUGGCUCACUUCGACUUUGAGGACCCAAAGCUGGCCCUGGUCACGAAGGUGGGCCUGUCGCUAUCGCUGGUCUGCCUUCUGCUGUGUAUCCUCACCUUCCUCCUGGUGCGGCCCAUCCAGGGCCCCCGCACCACCGUGCACCUGCACCUGUGUGUCUGCCUCUUUGUGGGCUCUGCCAUCUUCCUGGCCGGCAUCGAGAAUGAAGGCGGCCAGGUGGGGCUGCGCUGCCGCCUGGUGGCCGCACUGCUGCACUACUGCUUCCUGGCGGCCUUCUGCUGGAUGAGCCUGGAGGGCCUGCAGCUCUACUUCCUGGUGGUGCGCGUGUUCCAGGGCCAGGGCCCCCGCACGCGCUGGCUCUGCCUCUUCGGCUACGGCGUCCCGCUGCUCAUCGUGGCCAUCUCGGCGGCCGCCAACGGCCAGGGCUACGGCCGCGAGCUCUGCUGCUGGCUGAGCCUGGAAGGCGGCUUCCUCUGGAGCUUCGUGGGACCCGUGACCGCCAUCGUCCUGUGCAACGCGGUCGUCUUUGUCAUCACUGUGUGGCGGCUCACGCAGAAAUUUUCGGAAAUCAACCCCGACAUGAAGAAACUCAAGAAGGCCAGGGUGCUGACCGUCACGGCCAUCGCGCAGCUCGUCGUGCUGGGCUGCACGUGGGUGUUCGGCCUGUUCCUCUUCCAGCCACAGAGCUGGCACAACCAGGUUCUGGCCUACAUCUUCACCGCGCUCAACUGCCUACAGGGCCUCUUCCUCUUUGUGCUGCACUGCCUGCUCAACAAGAAGGUGAGGGCGGAGUACCGCAAGUGGGCCUGCGUCAUGGCAGGAAACAAGUACUCGGAGUUUGCCUCAUCCAGCACAGCCACGAGCCAUCAGACCAGCCGGGUGCCCAGGCCCUCGGAGUCCGGCAUGUGAAUCCACACCUCGAGGCGCUGGCGGGCCGGCAGCAGCUCCGCUGGCCACAGCAGCUUUUGCACGCACUGAAUGAGGAAGCUGCCAGCUCCCUGCUGCCCUGGAGCUCCCUGGAGGGUGGGGUGGGGACUAACUGCACAGCUCCCCGCUGGGCACUGGACCACGCAGAUGCCCCCUCCCCAGGCAGUGAGCGAGAAGCCAGCCCUGGGGCUGCAGCUCCUGGCCAGUCCUGGGGGAGGUGGGGUCCCUGCCGGCCCGUUCUUACCUGUCUUGGCCCGGGACAGGCCAGGGGGGGCCACCACUUCCUCUCUCAAGCUAAGACUGAGGUGCGGGGCCACCUGGGUGCACGGUACAGAGGCCCGGCUGCCCGCGGGGGCAGGGGCUCGCCCCGGCGUGAACUUGUGGGUGUCGCUGUGUCUGGGGCGUGGACACUUCAUCAAGUGCCUCAUUCCUGCACAAGGUGGCGGUGGGUGGGGCCUGUGCACACUCACCCGCCCACCCGCCCACCAGAGCAAGGAGCGCACACUCACCCGCCCACCAGCCCACCAGAGCAAGGAGCCAGGAGCCAGGCCUCCUUAAUAAAAGUUUAUUCUUA